AUGCGUAAACGCAGCACUUCUUCCUUGCGAACUGCUGCAACUGCAGCCAUCGCUCCUCAUCGUAUUCCGCUGUUCCGCACAAUGUACAUCGUAGCUGGCACGAUGAUAUUCUUUUUCUUAAAUCUUUAUUUUAUCUAUAUGUAUGUGCAACAUCAGGCGGAGGAUACGCUCGAAAGGACAGUAGAAGCGCAGCAUCGAUUGCAGCGAGAGGAACAACCCAUUUUGCCUCAGGCAGGUGUUCCGCCUAGAAACAACUUGUACUCAUGUAAUAUCACUGAGCCACUGGCUCUCAGUGCUCUCGAGCGGGCCAAGACGGAAUCCUGCAUUAGAAAGAUUACCGAUGCUGCAUGUCGAUUAAAAAAUGGCGCGUUCCAUGACCAAUUCCCUGAAAGUCAAUGUGGAAACCACGAUCGUUCGCUGGUCAAUAGACGAGUUGGAUGUUUCGAAGAUUACAAGAAUAACCGAAGCCUAAACGGAUUUUCAUACGAGUUCAAGAGCGAUAACUCCCCAGAGAAAUGCCGCUCUUUCUGCUAUCGGGCCGGUUUUGUUUAUUACGGGUUGGAGUUUGGUCGAGAGUGUUUUUGUGGAGACUCCAUAUCAACCAAGAGAGAUGUUUGGAAUACAAAUGCAGCGGAAAUAUUUUCUCAAUAUUGCGGAGGAUUCAAUGCUGUUGAGGUCUUUCAUACGGGAUUCAAAAGACCUCAUUCAAUGCCCAAAGCGGUUUUUGAGACAGGUUCUGAUGAUAACCUGAAGAGACCUCGUAUACUGUUUUUACUGCAACUGAACGGCAGAAAUGAGCGACAGGUAAAAAGGCUUCUCAAAGCGCUUUAUUCUCCUUUCCAUUACUACUACAUCCACGUUGACAAACGCCAGCUCUAUAUGCUCACAGAAAUGAAAGCUGUCGCUGCGAAGCUGUCGAAUGUGUUUGUGUCACCAGAUGCUCACAGCACUAUUUGGGGUGGUGCAUCUUUGCUGACCAUGGUACAAGAUACUAUUCGUCGUUCUAUCGCCACACCGUCGCUUUCUGAUUGGGAUUACCUCAUAAACUUGUCCGAAAGUGAUUUUCCUGUUAUGACCCUUCAAGAGUUUGAAACGCAGCUUCGCGCGAAUCCAGGGAAGUCUUAUAUGAGUAGCCAUGGAUAUAACACAGGCAGGUUUAUCCAAAAACAGGGAUUCGACUUCAUCUUCGUAGAGUGCGAGAACCGCAUGUGGAGGAUCGGCAGGAGAGGCGAAUUUCCACGCAAUCUUCGCGUCGAUGGCGGUUCUGACUGGAUAGUUCUUCAUAGAGAAUUCGCAGAAUACUCCAUAUCUGACGAUGAGCUACCUGCUAAAUUACGAGCUUUGUUUGCCAGCAUUAUCCUGCCAGUAGAGAGCUUUUUUCACACGCUCUCGUACAAUUCCCGUUUCUGUGAAAGUAUCUUAGGCAGCAAUUUACGCCUUACAAACUGGAACAGGAAACAAGGAUGCAGAUGUGAGAGUCUGAAGAAAGUGGUCGACUGGUGUGGCUGUUCCCCGCUAGUGUUCACAAAGGAGCACACUUACAAAUUUGCUGUAAAGAAUGCAAUAGCGAAACCAUUCUAUUUUGCAAGGAAAUUUGAGAGUUUGGUGGAUAUCGAUGCUAUUGCUUUAGCAGAACAGCAGGCUGUGCGAGAUAGAUAUCAUCCGAAUGUAAACGAUGUAAUGUUCAACGUUACUUUUGUGAAUCAUUACAAAGCUGAUAUUGACGGAUACUCUGUGCCGUUUUCACUGAUGGCUGAAUCACUGCUUUCUAUGCACUCAGACAAAGCAGAGUUCAUCUCUCUGUCUAGGAUAGACGUUGUGAAAAUGCACUCUUCUGCUCCACAUCAGAUGAUCUUCACGAUACAGACCGCUUCGUCUGCCGUCCCAUUACAACUUCUGGUUGAACGGAAGAUGGUGUCGAAUAUUAUAUCUCCUGCCAUUACAGAUGGGUUCAAGCUCGAGGUUAUUAUGGCUGGAAUAGAUAUCGAUCACAAGGAGGAGUUUUUCCGAGGAAUCACUGCCUACGCUGACCUGAAGUCUUCACCUACUGUGGCUCUUCGUUGGAGUCGCGUCCCCGGCUUGUCGACUACCGUCAAUGAGACAAAAACCAGUCCUCCUGUACGAUUUAUAUGGCGUGGUCCGAAUCAGAAAGCAAUUGCCACUCAGAAGCUUCGAUCGUACGAUUCAAUUCGUGGAAUGCAGUUCGCUUCAUUGAAUUUACAAAAACUCAACGCCACUAAUCUCAUGCCGGGAAUGUGGAACGUCGUCGUUCAAACCAGUGUUGAAGGGUCGUCGGAGAUCCUCGGAAGUGUGUGGUUUCCGAUCUAUUCGACAGAGGAUGGUGCUUUAUUCCGGUCUCUUGUUCGUGACUUUUUCAUUAUCAAAGAUAGCUGUAGCAUAGACUGCACUUCUACAACAUGGAGUACUUUUCAUCCUGAUCCAAAAUCAGACAUUUUAGUUGGAUACGAUAAGGUUGUUCAGACCCUAGUAUGA